AUGAGUAAUGUGAAUGCUGAAGAUCUUCAGAAUGACCCUAAGGUGGACAUGAUUUUUGAUACUGAAGAAGAGGCCUAUCAGUUUUACAACGAUUAUGGGAGAAGGAUGGGUUUCAGUAUUAGGAGACAAUAUGUACAUCGAAGCAAGUCAAACAAGUCAAUAAUAACUUCAGCUAGGUUUGUUUGUAGUAAACAAGGAAUUCAGAAACAAGUAUCCGAAACAAAAAAUCCUCAGGAAGAAACAAGAACCAAUUGCCUUGCACGGAUGGGAAUUAAACUAAUGGAUAAUGGGCAAUAUUGGUGUCAUGAUGUUGUUGAAGAUCAUAAACACCCUUUUCAAACUCCGACUACAUCAUAUAUGAUGAGAUCACAAAGGAAACUUUCAAAGGCACAUGCUGCUGCGAUUGAUUUGGCGGAUGAUUCUGGUCUUAGACCCAAGACAAUAUUUGAUUACAUGUUGGAUAGUGAUGAAAAGAUUGCAAAUGUAUUUUGGGCUGAUCCAAGGAUGAUCAUAGACUAUGCAUUAUUUGGUGAUGUGGUUACAUUUGAUACUACAUUUGGCACCAACAAAGAAUACAGACCAUUUGGUUUAUUUGCUGGAUUCAAUCAUCACAGGGGAGUUGUAAUUUUUGGGGCUGCAUUAUUGUAUGAUGAGACAGCUAAUUCAUUCAAGUGA